UGCCGCGCGACCCCGACAUGACCGGGCUGGAGCAGGACCCGGAGUUCGACUUCGAUUUCCUCUUCGAGUUCGAUCAGAGCGGCGGGGGCGCCGCGGCCGCAGAACACUACAGUUAUGCAUCCCCUAGCAUCGCCUCAACUCUGCCCCUUCCCACACCACACACCUCCUUACCAGCACCAUGCCAUGACCUCCAGACAUCCACCCCGGGCAUCUCAGCAGUUCCUUCAGCAAAUCAUCCCUCGAGUUAUGGAGGGGCUGUGGACAGCGGGCCCUCAGGGUACUUUCUGUCCUCUGGAAACACCCGGCCCAAUGGGGCCCCGACUCUGGAAAGUCCUCGAAUUGAGAUCACCUCCUACCUGGGCCUCCACCAUGGCAGCGGCCAGUUUUUCCACGACGUGGAGGUAGAAGAUGUUCUUCCCAGCUGCAAGCGGUCACCAUCCACAGCUACCCUGCACCUGCCCAGCCUGGAAGCCUACAGAGACCCCUCCUGCCUGAGCCCAGCCAGCAGUCUGUCCUCAAGGAGCUGUAACUCUGAGGCCUCCUCUUAUGAGUCCAACUACUCCUACCCAUAUGCAUCACCCCAGACCUCUCCAUGGCAGUCACCCUGCGUGUCUCCCAAGACCACGGACCCAGAGGAGGCCUUUCCCCGAGGCCUGGGUGCCUGUCACCUUCUGGGAUCUCCAAGGCACUCCCCAUCCACAUCUCCCCGUGCAAGUGUCACCGAGGAGAGCUGGCUUGGAGCGCGUGGCUCCCGGCCCACGUCCCCUUGCAACAAGCGCAAGUACAGUCUCAAUGGCCGGCAGCCCUCCUGCUCACCCCACCACUCGCCCACACCGUCCCCACAUGGUUCCCCUCGGGUCAGUGUGACCGAAGACACCUGGCUUGGUAACACCACCCAGUACACCAGCUCCGCCAUCGUGGCAGCCAUCAACGCCCUGACCACUGACAGCACUCUGGACCUGGGUGAUGGCGUCCCUAUCAAGUCUCGGAAGACAGCUCUGGAGCAUGCACCCUCAGUGGCCCUCAAGGUAGAGCCAGCUGGGGAAGACCUGGGCACCACUCCGCCCACCUCUGACUUCCCACCCGAGGAGUUCGCCUUCCAGCACCUUCGGAAGGGUGCCUUUUGCGAGCAGUAUCUGUCGGUGCCGCAGGCCCCAUACCAGUGGGCGAAGCCCAAGUCUCUGUCCCCUACGUCAUACAUGAGCCCGUCUUUACCUGCCCUCGACUGGCAGCUGCCAUCCCACUCUGGUCCGUAUGAGCUUCGGAUCGAGGUGCAGCCCAAGUCACACCACAGGGCUCACUAUGAGACAGAAGGCAGCCGGGGGGCUGUGAAGGCCUCAGCUGGAGGACACCCCGUCGUGCAGCUACAUGGUUACUUGGAAAACGAGCCGCUCACGCUACAGCUCUUCAUUGGGACAGCAGACGACCGCCUGCUCCGGCCCCACGCCUUCUACCAGGUCCACCGGAUCACGGGCAAGACUGUCUCCACCACCAGCCACGAAGCCAUCCUGUCCAACACCAAAGUCCUGGAGAUCCCUCUGCUCCCAGAAAAUAACAUGCGAGCCAUCAUCGACUGUGCUGGGAUCCUGAAGCUCAGAAACUCAGACAUCGAGCUGAGGAAAGGGGAGACAGACAUCGGGAGGAAGAAUACCAGGGUGCGGCUGGUCUUCCGAGUUCACAUCCCACAGCCCAAUGGCCGGACGCUGUCUCUCCAGGUUGCCUCAAACCCCAUCGAGUGCUCCCAGCGGUCGGCCCAGGAGCUGCCCCUUGUGGAGAAGCAGAGCACGGACAGCUACCCAGUCAUUGGCGGGAAGAAGAUGGUGCUGUCUGGCCAUAACUUUCUGCAAGACUCGAAGGUCAUCUUUGUGGAAAAGGCUCCAGAUGGCCACCAUGUCUGGGAGAUGGAAGCAAAAACUGACCGAGACCUGUGCAAGCCAAAUUCCCUGGUGGUGGAGAUACCACCUUUCCGCAACCAGAGAAUAACCAGCCCUGUCCAAGUCAGUUUCUACGUCUGCAACGGGAAGCGGAAGAGAAGCCAGUACCAGCAUUUCACCUACCUUCCUGCCAAUGGUAACGCUGUCUUUCUAACCUUAAGCUCUGAAAGUGAGCGUCGAGGAGGCUUUUACUAAGCCACAGAGGCUGGGAGAGGAUGUUGUUAUAAAAACAGUGUGGCUGUGUUGCUGGUUCACACCACGUGAUAGCCUAUUCACAAGACCAAGUCGCCCACCUACUCAAAGAGAAUCGAAGCCUGGGUGUGUUUUCCUGUGACUGGUGCAUGCUGGGGUGAUCAUUUGCUAGCCUUUUGCAAAUACGCAGCGGCCAAGCAGCUCUGCUACGCUCAGGAGCUGAUGAGGUCUGGGUAUAUAGCUAACCUCUGUGAGUCUAUGGGGUAGAAAAAAUAUUUGUUAGAGCAAUUUUGUAGGUAGCUUCAAAAAUAAGCCUGCCACAGUCAUUGGGGGACAUACAUGAUUUUGUUCUCAUGGUGAUGGUUCCACACAGCAUGCAGUGUGUCCCCACUUAAUAAUGCCAUCCCCUGGUGAUGUGACAAUUUCAGGUGGAAGGCCUUCUGCGUGAGUUUACUCAUUUUGGGAAUGGCUUCUUUUCAUUCAGAAAUGAUCAGUUCACCUUUUCAACUUUCUAGGGUGUUUUAUUUAAGAAAAUACCAGUUUUGUUUUUUGGGU